AAUGCCUUUGAAGUGCAUUGAAAAUAACAGAAAAAUAAAUGUUCUAUAUUCAAGAGUUAUUUUAUCAUAUACUUUAAAUUGAUUAAGUUUCAACUCGUUGGGAUUUGAAGCAUACUCUUCAGAAACCGAUAGAUAAGAUUAUCGCUUGUUAAGUAAAUAUUACUCAUAGUAUUGAAGAUGAAUUUCAUUCAAAUGUCAAAAAAGAACCAAAUAUUUUGAAUAAAAAACUCUGCUGCAGUUUUUGUAUCUGUCCCAGAGCUUUCACUAGUCUAUUCGUCGGGUUUAUACGAUCGUCGCAUUGAUAGACAUCAUUACUUUGUUCGAUUAGCAUCUACAGUUAUGCGAGCAAUGUAAAAUAAUGGCACGAAAAUUUUUAUCGCAUGUAAAUUGAUGGUAUAUAAUUCACGUAAUACUCGGUCGCUCGAUAAUAAGGGACGUCAUGAGAGAGUAUUCUCUCCCAAUUCUUUUUUCAUAUUGUACAUACAUACGCAAGAAAGCGCAACAGUCAUCUCCUUUGCGAAAAAUGAAUCUGUGCCGAGUGAUUUGUUUGCUUUUCUGGUUUUAUAAAAUCGUCGGAUUGGGGACAUUUUCAUUAAAUAAGAAAAUACUUGAGAAGAAGGAAAAGUGCUCGAAAAAUGUAUUCUUUUUCGUCAAGUCGAAACUGGGAAUAGUUUACAACUUUUUACUUAGUUGCUUUGUAAUCAUGUUGUAUUAUAUCGUGGUACCAUUUGUAAAUGAUGUAGAAUAUCCUUAUAAAACGAAGUUUACGGGCACCCUUGAAUUAUCCCAAGUCCUGUUGGGCUGUUUUAUGACCUGUUUCAUUUUGUUAUAUUUCUGUUCAAAUCAGUCGGCUUUCGUAAGGAUUGGAAACUGUUUGAUCCUGGCCACGGACACACUAUGCCGUCUUCAACAACCACUAAGUCGAACGAAUCUUCUCUGCCUUUUCAUUAUCGCUUACAUUUUCAAUUUUAUCUUGCUACUGACCCUUGGUAUUUCCGAAGUGCUAACAACUUCUGCUCCCUACUUGUACCACGUCGGAACCAUUACACCCGUAGCUGUUUUGAGCCUGUUCUUCAUUCAAUAUUUCACUGUACUCGUUAUUGCAAACGCGAUUUUUGUCGCCAUUAAUCGUAUUAUAAAGCAAAUUCAACGAAGUUCGAUCGAUGAUUUUAACAUGAAGAUCUUUUACAAUCGACGCUUGUUCGUCAGUUCUUCCGGGAUUCAACUUCUCGUCCAAAUGAGAGAGCUUCACGAUUAUGUCUGCAACGUUUCCACCGAAAUUUCGCGAUUGUAUUCUUUGCCCACGCUUAUCGUACUAUGCUUCAUUUUCUAUUCAUUCCUGUAUAACGUUUACUACUUCUUCGGCCCGCUCAUAAUGAAUGCAUCGUUUGAAACGGUAACUAUCAUAAACUCAACAAUUUGGGUCGUUAUUCUUCUAUACCCCCUUACUUUGGUCACUACCAAGGUCAUCGAGAUCACGGCCGAGGUAUGCGAGCUGGAAAUUUAUUUGAGAGCGGAAGCAUUUAAGUGGGCAUUAAUUACCUUGCAGAUAGAAAGCACUGGAAAUAUUGUGCAUGCGCUGUUGAAUCGUGUAAUUGAUCGAGAAACAAAGGCAGAGCUUGAACAAUUUUCACUCCAAUUGCUACAUCGGAAGGUGAAGUUCACAGCGUAUGGAUAUUUCACUUUAGAUAAUAGUUUACUUCGAGCGAUGAUCGGAACGGUGGCCACCUAUAUGGUGAUUCUUAUUCAAUUUCAAAUGGAAACUCCUCCGAAGACUCGUGCUGACAAUUGUACGCAACAAUAGUUGCUGAAACGAAGUAUUAAUUGUUCCUUGAAUCGUAAUACCUGAGAGUAACUUAUGAGAUAUAGAAAAUUUGCAUGAGAUGUUUAAGGAAGCAUAAGAAUUUGUUUCUCUAUUUUACCGAUAAAUACUCAGGCGCAUACAUAUACGAGUACAUGGUACACAUAUUAUAAAGGGAAAUAAAUUUUGUCGGUGACGAA